AUGAAAAUUCUAGUGCUUUUGUUCGUCCAUUUCGCCGUUUGCGCAAAACUGGAACAAGGGUUGGGAAUUUUGAUCGCUUUUCCGAUGAUUUUUGAGCUGUUGCUGCUUAUUUCUGGAAUUCAAGGAUACGAGCGAUAUCUGCAACGAAAGAAGAUGGCGGUUCUAGAGCUGCAGACGAUCCGAGACUCUCACCAAAUUGCGAAUCAACUGUUCAAAACCGACUGA